AUUGAACUUCAAAUUUUGUUCUUUCCUGUGUUGUUCUUUCAGAAGUCAGGCUGGUUGGAGGUUCUCGCUGCUCUGGGAGGUUAGAGAUACUUGAUGAUCAGACGUGGGUUUCAGUGUGUGCUGCUGCCUUUGACCAGCAGGAUGCAGAGGUUGUGUGUAGAGAGCUGGACUGUGGGGCUCCUGUACAGGUGCUGGGAGAAGAUGCUUUUGGAAAAGGAGAUGCUCAGAUGUGGACACAAGAGAUUCAGUGCAGAGGAGAUGAGUCUCAGAUUCACCUCUGUCAAAAAUCACCAUCACACAAAAACACCUGUUCAUAUGAAAGUGAUGUUGGCUUGAUGUGUGCAGACAUUAUGAGAGUGAGGUUGGUUGGUGGUCUCAGUCGCUGUGCUGGUAGAGUGGAGGUUCUUCAUAGAGGUCAGUGGGGAACAGUGUGUGAUCUUUUCUGGGAUAUGACUGAUGCUGCAGUGGUGUGUAGAGAGCUGGACUGUGGAGAACCUGUAGAUGCUGUAGGAGGUGCUCACUUUGGACCAGGAUCAGGACCAAUCUGGACAGAUCGCAAGUUCUGUUCUGGAUCAGAGUCUACACUGAAGAACUGUGGAACAAUAAAUUGGGGUUUUUAUGACUGUGAUCAUACAAAAGAUGCAGGAGUCAUCUGCUCAGGUAAACUCCUCCAAACCUUGACCUAUUUUUAUGUCACUGAUAAACCACCUACUAUAAAGAUAUGAGACUAUCCUCCUCCAAACUAAAUAAAUAAAUAAAUUAAAUAAAAUACAAAAUACCUUAAUUUUAUGUAUAUCAAAAUAAACUACAAAAUACAGCAUAUAUCAAAAUAAACUACUGUAUUUUUGUUUUUUAAAAGGGAGCAUGAAAUUUCUUCGCAAGCCUUCCAUCAAUUGGCCUAUUUGAUCUAUCUCUUCACCAUUAUUCUGACUCAGUUGAUUAAGUAAACAAUGUUUGAUAGCAACAGCUAUUCUCUGCCCAAGUCAUGUUAAUACAUUUGCAUAUGUAACCAGUUAAAUCACAAUAUGUAGGAUUUUUGGAUUAAAAUAUCCAAAAACCACUAGAACAAUGUUAUAUAUUUUGUUGACUUGUGUACUUACAUUAUCCCAAAUGUUCCCAAGAAUUUUUAAAUGCAGAGAAAUAUUCAGUUUCUAAUAAAUAAUCACAUGUCCAUGCGUUGCCUAUCAAUGACAUCAUACCCUCAAUUUCCGUUUUUAUUUAGUAGAAACCGUGGAAACAUCAAAGACACUUUAGUAUAUUAUGUGUUUCAUUAGACAGGUGAGCAACUGUUUGGAUACAUUCAUCAACAGAAAACUAAUCAUUGUUAUGUAGCUCAACACAGUACA